CCAGCAAUAAUAAUGUUAGAAUUCAAAUGAUGAUCGCAGUUCAUAUCGUGAAGACAUAAAAGUCACUUGUUUGUAUCAAUGGGGAGAUCUUUGCCGGCUCCAGUUGCAUGUAAAGUUUGUGGUGAUCGAUCGUAUGGGAAACAUUACGGAGUUUAUUGUUGCGAUGGAUGUUCUUGUUUUUUUAAAAGAUCUGUUAGACGUGGAGUCAUGUACACCUGCCUAGCAGGAACUGGAAAUUGCAUAGUAGAUAAAGCGAGAAGAAAUUGGUGUCCACAUUGUCGUUUAAAAAAAUGUUUCACUGUUCAAAUGAAUACGUCAGCUGUUCAAGAAGAAAGGGGUCCUCGCAAGAAAAAUAAAACAUCAAAAUUCCCCUGGAAGACAAAAAUUCAAUCAUCGACGGGAAUUUUUAAUACAAUUGAGGAGCAGAAGAGAAUAAAUUCAUUUCCCUUGAAACACAUCGUCACGAGAAUUGAACCAUUCUAUGAAAUAACGUCAAAUUCUAAUUUUAUUCUACCUCCACCUCCGCCUAUUGCUUCGAGAAUAAUUUUACCUGCCGAGAAUAUGAAUAUUCAGUAUGAAAUCGCAGCUCAAAUAUUCCUGCUGACAAUUAGACGAGCGCGUCAACAUCGAGACUUUCAAACAUUAAAUAUCGAAAAUCAAAAUUCAAUUCUGCGUCAAGGUUGGGCCGCUGUCUUUAUUCUCAAUGCUUCCACUUUUCCCAUGCAUUUUAUUCAAUUGUUAAUAAACAAAUGUACCACGGAGAGAACAACAUUGAAUUCACUAAUGACAGCGCGCGUCUCUCUCUUGAAACUACAACUCGAUGAAAUUGAAUAUUCCGCCUUGGAAACUCUAUCUCUCUGUCGUCCCGAAUUAACAGAAUCUCCAGAAAGUUUCGAUUUCCUAACGAGGGUACGUAAUUCAGCGACAGAAUUAUUAUUGCGUCAUCUUCAGAGUCGAGAGAAUCGAGAGUAUAGAAUUAUAGAAAUAAUGUUAGUUUUAUCAAUUCUCACAGCAUGUUGUACAAGAGAAUUGGGAAUUGCUCUUUUUUCGCCAAUUAUCGGUGAUUUAGCUCUGGACCACGUAAUCGCAUCUAUAUAAAUAGUGAAUAAAUAAAUAUUUCCUGCAAAUAUAAAUAAUAAGUUAUUAAAUUAUUACAAA